AUGAACAAGGCUCUUAUUGCAGCAGUUAAGGAAGGGGAUGUUGUGAAGACAAGAUCUAUUCUUGAGGAUGAGGCAAUUGAUAUAAUCCAGGAAGAGGUACAAGAUACAGAUGGGAAGACAAUCCUCCACAUUGCUUCAGAAGAAGGACACAUCGAGUUGGUAAAAUACAUCACUGACUUGAGGGAUAAGUUUAUUCAGAAGAGCGGGAAUGAUGGCAAUCGUCCUCAGGAUGAGUCUCAGAGUCGUCUUCGGAAUCUCGCUCAAUAUCUGGAUAUCGAUGAGAGUGAUAAUAAUGGUCUUACACCUCUUUACCUUGCCUCAAGGUUCGGUCAUUUAGAUGUGGUUGGGUGUUUAGUCAGACAUGGAGCAGAUGUAAACAAAGCUACAUCAGAUGGAGAUACACCCCUUUGUAUUUCAUCAUCUAACAACCAUCCUGAUGUGGUUGACUGUCUCGUAAGUUCAGGGGCAGAUGUAAAUAAGGUGGGGAAGAAUGGAGCAACACCUCUACACUACGCAUCAGACAAUGGUCAUUAUGACAUUGUGAAAUAUCUCAUUUCUCAAGGAGCGAACCUGAAUAGUGUGGAUGACCUUGGACAUGCGCCUCUACACCUAUUAUCAGAGAAGGUUCACAUUGAUAUUGUAAAACACCUCAUUGCUAAGGGUGCAGACAUUAAGGCAGAAGGUAAUAAGGGGAUUUCACUGUUAUAUAUGGCUGCACAGGAAGGUCAUCUUGAUAUCGUUAAAUGCCUGGUGAAUGCAGGAGCAGAUGUCAAUAAAUCGACUGAAAAUGGAUUGACACCUCUUCAUGUGGCGUCAGAAAACAAUCACAUAGAUAUUGUAAAACAUCUCAUUUCCCUUGGAGCUGAUCCGAAUUCCAUUAAUCGAUUCGGCUGUACAUCUCUACAUUCGGCCUCACAGGGGGGUAACAUAGAUAUCGUAGAACAUCUCAUUGCUGAAAGUGCAAACAUCAACGCAGAAAAUGAUAAGGGGAGUUCACCAGUGUAUCUAGCUUCUAUGAACGGUCAUCUUGAUAUCGUUGAAUGUCUGGUGAAAGCAGGAGCAGAUGUAAGCAAAUCAUGUGAAUAUGGAUUGACACCUCUUCAUGUGGCGUCAAAGAAUAAUCAUAUAGAUAUUGUGAAAUAUCUCAUUGCUAAGGGUGCAAACAUCAACACAGAAAAUGAUAAGGGGUGUUCACCCGUGUAUCUAGCUUCUAUGAACGGUCAUCUUGAUACCGUUGAAUGUUUAGUGAAAGAAGGAGCAAAUGUCAAUAAAUCAGAUCAGGAUGGAUGGAAACCCCUUCAUGUGGCGUCAAAGAAUAAUCAUAUAGAUAUUGUGAAAUAUCUCAUUGCUAAGGGUGCAACCAUCAACACAGAAAAUGAUAAGGGGUGUUCACCCGUGUAUCUAGCUUCUAUGAACGGUCAUCUUGAUAUCGUUGAGUGUCUGGUGAAUGCAGGAGCAGAUGUAAAGAAAGUAGCAGAAUGUGGUUGGACACCUUUCCAUGUGGCGGCAGAUAAUAAUCAUAUAGAUGUUGUCAAAUAUCUCAUAUCACAAGGAGUCGACCCGAAUUCUGUCGAUUGUUUCGGUCGUGCCUCUAUACAGUUAUCUUCAGAGAAUGGUCACAUAGAUGUUGUCAAGUAUCUCAUUGCUGAGGGUGCAAACGUCAAUGCAGUGGAAUGUACGAUGUCACCCGUGUACAUGGCUUCAAUGAACAGUCAUUUAAAAAUCCUUGAAUGUCUGGUGAAAGCAGGAGCAGAUGUCAAUGAGUCAGCAGAGUAUGGAUGGACGCCUCUUCAUGUGGCGUCACAGAAUAAUCACAUAGAUAUUGUGAAAUAUCUCAUUGCUGAGGGUGCAAACAUCAACGCAGAACUUAAUGAUCAGACGACAUCCGUCUAUCUGGCUUGUCAAAACGGUCAUCUUGAUAUCGUUGAAUGUCUGGUGAAUGCAGGAGCAGAUGUCAAAAAGUCAGCAGAGUAUGGAUGGACGCCUCUUCAUGUGGCGUCACAGAAUAAUCACAUAGAUAUUGUAAAAUAUCUCAUUGUUGACGGUGCAAAUAUCAACGCAGAAAAUGAUAAGGGGGUGUCAUCCGUCCGUCUAGCUUCUUUGAACGGUCAUCUUGAUAUCGUUGAAUGCCUGGUGAAUGCAGGAGCAAAUGUCAAUAAAUCAACGAAGGAGGGAUGGACACCUCUUCAUGUGGCGUCAUAUAAUAAUCAUAUAGAUGUUGUAAAAUAUCUUAUUGCUGCGGGUGCAAACAUCAACGCAGAAAAUGAUAAGGGGAGUUCGCCAGUGUAUGUAGCUUCUAUGAACGGUCAUCUUGAUAUCGUUGAGUGUCUGGCGAAUGCAGGAGCAGAUGUCAAUAAACCGAAAAAGGAUGGAAAGACACCUCUUCAUGUCGCGUCGCAAAACAAUCACAUAGAUAUUGUAAAAUAUCUUAUUGCUAAGGGUGCAAACAUCAACGCAGAAAAUGAUGAGGGGAUGUCACCCGUGUAUCUGGCUUCACAGAAGGGUCAUCUUGUCAUCGUUGAAUGUCUGGUGAAUGCAGUAGCAGAUGUAAAGAAAGCAGCAGAAUAUGGAUGGACACCUCUUCACGUGGCGGCAGAAUAUAACCAUGUAGAUGUUGUAAAAUAUCUCAUAUCACAAGGAGUCGACCCGAAUUCUGUCGAUUGUUUUGGUCGUGCAUCUAUACAGUUAUCUUCAGAGAAUGGUCACAUAGAUGUUGUCAAGUAUCUCAUUGCUGAGGGUGCCAACGUCAAUGCAGGGGAAGAUACAAUGUCACCCGUGUACAUGGCUUCUAUGAACGGUCAUUUAGAAAUCCUUGAAUGUCUGGUGAAUGCAGGAGCAGAUGUAAAUAAAUCAGCAGAAUAUGGAUGGACACCUCUUCAUGUGGCGUCAUAUAAUAAUCGCAUAGAUAUUGUAAAAUACCUCAUCACCAAGGUAGAAGAUCUCAACACAUUAGAUGAUGACGGAGAUACACCACUAUAUGUGGCUGCACAGGAAGGUUAUCUUGAUAUCGUUAAAUGUCUGGUGAAAGGAGGAGUAGAUGUCAAUAAAUCGAAAAGGGAUGGACGAACACCCAUUCAUGUAGCGUCAGAAAACAAUUACAUAGAUAUUGUGAAAUAUCUUAUUGCUGAGGGUGCAAUCCUGAACGUAAGUGGUAAGGGCGGCUUUACACCCUUAUAUCUGGCUUCAUCAAAUGGUGACCUUAAAGAUGUUAAAUGCUUAGUGAAUAAAGGAGCAGAUGUCAAUAAAUCAGGUGAGGAUGGAUGGACACCUCUUCAUGUGGCGGCGGAAGAUAAUCAUGUAGAUAUUGUGAAAUAUCUUAUUGCUAAGGGUGCAAACAUCGACGCAGAAGAUGAUAAGGGGAGGUCACCUGUAUAUCUGGCUUCUAUUAACGGUCAUCGUAAUAUCGUUAAAUGUCUGGUGAAAGCAGGAGCAGAUGUCAGUAAAUCAUGUGAAUAUGGAUGGACACCUCUUCAUGUGGCGUCAAAGAAUAAUCAUAUAGAUAUUGUGAAAUAUGUUAUUGCUAAGGGCGCAAACAUCGACGCAGAUGAUGAUAAGGGGAGGUUACCUGUAUAUCUGGCUUCUAUGAACGGUCAUCUUGAUAUCGUUAAAUGUCUGGUGAAAGCAGGAGCAGAUGUAAAGAAAGCAGCGGAAUAUGGAUGGACACCUCUUCACGUGGCGGCAGAUAAUAAUCAUAUAGCUGUUGUAAAAUAUCUCAUAUCACAUGGAGUCGACCUGAAUUCUGUCGAUUGUUUCGGUCGUGCCUCUAUACAGUUAUCUUCAGAGAAUGGUCACAUAGAUGUUGUCAAGUAUCUCAUUGCUGAGGGUGCCAACGUCAAUGCAGGGGGAUAUACGAUGUCACCCGUGUACAUGGCUUCUAUGAACAGUCAUUUAAAAAUCCUUGAAUGUCUGGUGAAAGCAGGAGCAGAUGUAAAUAAGUCCUCAGCAGAGUAUGGAUGGACACCUCUUCAUAUUGCGUCAUAUAAUAAUCAUAUAGAUGUUGUAAAAUAUCUCAUUGCUGAAAGUGCAAACAUCAAAGCAGAAAAUGAUAAGGGGAGUUCACCAGUGUAUCUAGCUUCUAUGAACGGUCAUCUUGAUAUCGUUGAAUGUCUGGUGAAAGCAGGAGCAGAUGUAAAUAAGUCCUCAGCAGAGUAUGGAUGGACACCUCUUCAUAUUGCGUCAUAUAAUAAUCAUAUAGAUGUUGUAAAAUAUCUCAUUGCUGAAAGUGCAAACAUCAACGCAGAAAAUGAUAAGGGGAGUUAUCCAGUGUAUCUAGCUUCUAUGAACGGUCAUCUUGAUAUCGUUGAAUGUCUGGUGAAAGCAGGAGCAGAUGUCAGUAAAUCAUGUGAAUAUGGAUGGACACCUCUUCAUUUGGCGUCAAAGAAUAAUCAUAUAGAUAUUGUGAAAUAUCUCAUUGCUAAGGGUGCAAACAUCAACACAGAAAAUGAUAAGGGGUGUUCACCCGUGUAUCUAGCUUCUAUGAAUGGUCAUCUUGAUACCGUUGAAUGUUUAGUGAAAGCAGGAGCAAAUGUCAAUAAAUCAGAUCAGGAUGGAUGGAAACCUCUUCAUGUGGCGUCAAAGAAUAAUCAUAUAGAUAUUGUGAAAUAUCUCAUUGCUGAGGGUGCAACCAUCGACACAGAAAAUGAUAAGGGGUGUUCACCCGUGUAUCUAGCUUCUAUGAACGGUCAUCUUGAUAUCGUUAAAUGUCUGGUGAAUGCAGGAGCAGAUGUAAAGAAAGUAGCAGAAUGUGGCUGGACACCUUUCCAUGUGGCGGCAGAUAAUAAUCAUAUAGCUGUUGUCAGAUAUCUCAUAUCACAAGGAGUCGACCCGAAUUCUGUCGAUUGUUUCGGUCGUGCCUCUAUACAGUUAUCUUCAGAGAAUGGUCACAUAGAUGUUGUCAAGUAUCUCAUUGCUGAGGGUGCCAACGUCAAUGCAGGGGAAGAUACAAUGUCACCCGUGUACAUGGCUUCUAUGAACGGUCAUUUAGAAAUCCUUGAAUGUCUGGUGAAUGCAGGAGCAGAUGUAAAUAAAUCAGCAGAAUAUGGAUGGACACCUCUUCAUGUGGCGUCAUAUAAUAAUCGCAUAGAUAUUGUAAAAUACCUCAUCACCAAGGUAGAAGAUCUCAACACAUUAGAUGAUGACGGAGAUACACCACUAUAUGUGGCUGCACAGGAAGGUUAUCUUGAUAUCGUUAAAUGUCUGGUGAAAGGAGGAGUAGAUGUCAAUAAAUCGAAAAGGGAUGGACGAACACCCAUUCAUGUAGCGUCAGAAAACAAUUACAUAGAUAUUGUGAAAUAUCUUAUUGCUGAGGGUGCAAUCCUGAACGUAAGUGGUAAGGGCGGCUUCACACCCUUAUAUCUGGCUUCAUCAAAUGGUGACCUUAAAGAUGUUAAAUGCUUAGUGAAUAAAGGAGCAGAUGUCAAUAAAUCAGGUGAGGAUGGAUGGACACCUCUUCAUGUGGCGGCGGAAGAUAAUCAUGUAGAUAUUGUGAAAUAUCUUAUUGCUAAGGGUGCAAACAUCGACGCAGAAGAUGAUAAGGGGAGGUCACCUGUAUAUCUGGCUUCUAUUAACGGUCAUCGUAAUAUCGUUAAAUGUCUGGUGAAAGCAGGAGCAGAUGUCAGUAAAUCAUGUGAAUAUGGAUGGACACCUCUUCAUGUGGCGUCAAAGAAUAAUCAUAUAGAUAUUGUGAAAUAUGUUAUUGCUAAGGGCGCAAACAUCGACGCAGAUGAUGAUAAGGGGAGGUUACCUGUAUAUCUGGCUUCUAUGAACGGUCAUCUUGAUAUCGUUAAAUGUCUGGUGAAAGCAGGAGCAGAUGUAAAGAAAGCAGCGGAAUAUGGAUGGACACCUCUUCACGUGGCGGCAGAUAAUAAUCAUAUAGCUGUUGUAAAAUAUCUCAUAUCACAUGGAGUCGACCUGAAUUCUGUCGAUUGUUUCGGUCGUGCCUCUAUACAGUUAUCUUCAGAGAAUGGUCACAUAGAUGUUGUCAAGUAUCUCAUUGCUGAGGGUGCAAACGUCAAUGCAGGGGGAUAUACGAUGUCACCCGUGUACAUGGCUUCUAUGAACAGUCAUUUAAAAAUCCUUGAAUGUCUGGUGAAAGCAGGAGCAGAUGUAAAUAAGUCCUCAGCAGAGUAUGGAUGGACACCUCUUCAUAUUGCGUCAUAUAAUAAUCAUAUAGAUGUUGUAAAAUAUCUCAUUGCUGAAAGUGCAAACAUCAAAGCAGAAAAUGAUGAGGGGAGUUCACCAGUGUAUCUAGCUUCUAUGAACGGUCAUCUUGAUAUCGUUGAAUGUCUGGUGAAAGCAGGAGCAGAUGUCAGUAAAUCAUGUGAAUAUGGAUGGACACCUCUUCAUUUGGCGUCAAAGAAUAAUCAUAUAGAUAUUGUGAAAUAUCUCAUUGCUAAGGGUGCAAACAUCAACACAGAAAAUGAUAAGGGGUGUUCACCCGUGUAUCUAGCUUCUAUGAAUGGUCAUCUUGAUACCGUUGAAUGUUUAGUGAAAGCAGGAGCAGAUGUCAAUAAAUCAGAUCAGGAUGGAUGGAAACCUCUUCAUGUGGCGUCAAAGAAUAAUCAUAUAGAUAUUGUGAAAUAUCUCAUUGCUGAGGGUGCAACCAUCGACACAGAAAAUGAUAAGGGGUGUUCACCCGUGUAUCUAGCUUCUAUGAACGGUCAUCUUGAUAUCGUUAAAUGUCUGGUGAAUGCAGGAGCAGAUGUAAAGAAAGUAGCAGAAUGUGGCUGGACACCUUUCCAUGUGGCGGCAGAUAAUAAUCAUAUAGCUGUUGUCAGAUAUCUCAUAUCACAAGGAGUCGACCCGAAUUCUGUCGAUUGUUUCGGUCGUGCCUCUAUACAGUUAUCUUCAGAGAAUGGUCACAUAGAUAUUGUCAAGUAUCUCAUUGCUGAGGGUGCCAACGUCAAUGCAGGGGGAUAUACGAUGUCACCCGUGUACAUGGCUUCUAUGAACAGUCAUUUAAAAAUCCUUGAAUGUCUGGUGAAAGCAGGAGCAGAUGUAAAUAAGUCCUCAGCAGAGUAUGGAUGGACACCUCUUCAUAUUGCGUCAUAUAAUAAUCAUAUAGAUAUUGUAAAAUAUCUUAUUGCUGCGGGUGCAAACAUCAACGCAGAAAAUGAUAAGGGGAGUUCACCCGUGUAUCUAGCUUCUAUGAACGGUCAUCUUGAUAUCGUUGGGUGUCUGGUGAAUGCAGGAGCAGAUGUCAAUAAAUCAGAUGAGGAUGGUUUGACACCUCUUCAUUUGGCGUCACUGAAUAAUCACGUAGAUAUUGUGAAAUAUCUUAUUGCUAAGGGCGCAAACAUCGACGCAAAAGAUGAUAAGGGGAGGUCACCUGUAUAUCUAGCUUCUAUGAACGGUCAUCUUGAUAUCGUUAAAUGUCUGGUCAAUGCAGGAGCAGAUGUCAAUAAAUCAGGUAAAGAUGAAUUGACACCCCUUCAUGUAGCGUCAAUUAAUAAUUACAAAGAUACUGUAAAAUAUCUCAUUGCUAAGGGUGCAAACAUCAACGCAGAAAAUGAUAAGGGGAUGUCAUCCGUCUAUCUUGCUUCAGGGAACGGUCAUCGUGAUGUCGUUGAAUGCCUGGUGAAUGCAGGAGCAGAUGUCAAUAAAUCGACCGAGGAUGGAUCGACACCUCUUCAUGCGGCAUCAGAAUAUAAUCACAUAAAUAUUGUCAAAUAUCUCAUUUCCCAUGGAGCAGAUUCGAAUUCCGUUAAUCGAUUCGGCUGUACAUCUCUACAUUCAGCCUCACGGGGGGGUAACAUAGAUAUUGUAAAAUAUCUCAUUGCUGAGGGUGCAAUCCUUAAUGUAAUUGAUAAGUACGGCUUUACACCUUUCUAUUUUGCUUCAUAUGAAGGUCAUUUUGAAGUAGUUAAAUGUCUGGUGAGUGCAGGAACAGAUGUCAAUAAAUCAACGAAGGAUGGAUGGACACCUCUCCAUGUGGCGUCAUUUAAUAAUCAUAUAGAUGUUGUAAAAUAUCUCAUUGCUGAAAGUGCAAACAUCAACGCAGAAAAUGAUGAGGGGAGUUCACCCAUUCAUCUUGCUUCUAUGAAUGGUCAUCUUGAUAUCGUUAAAUAUUUGGUGAAUGCAGGAGCAGAUGUCAAUAAAUCGACUCAAGAUGGAUGGGCACCUCUUCAUGUGGCGUCACAGAAUAAUUACAUAGAUGUUGUAAAAUAUAUAAUUGCUGAGGGAGCAAACGUCAACGCAGAAGAUAACAAUGGGUUCUCGCCUGUAUAUGUAGCUGCACAAGAAGGUCAUUUUGAUAUCGUUGAAUGUCUGGUGAAUGUAGCUGCUGCUUUUAACAAAGCCACAAAGGAUGGAAGAACAGCUCUUCAUGCUGCCUCCCAGAGAGGCUAUCUAAGCAUUAUUCAAUGUUUGAUUACGCAUGGGGCAGAUAUAGAGGCGCGUGAUAAUAACGGUUGGACAGCUUCUCAUUUUGUUGCAGCGAACGGUCACUUAGAGUGCUUGAAAUAUCUCCUGAGGAACAGAACUACCGAUAGAGGUGAAGAUAGUCACCACGCACUUGGUGCUAGGAUGCAGGUAUGUGAAUGCACGUUGCUACACCUAACACUAACUUUAAAGCUGAUCAUUGCACUUCAUGCACGAGAUAAGUCUUAA